AUGGUAGCAAGUGAAAGCAAACAUCUAGGCUUGAGAGAGGCUGCUGUCACGGGCAUAUCACACCAACAAUAAGAAUUACGAUAAGAACGAGGCUUCAAUGAAGGAUGCGAUACUAGCCCAUCGGAUCAUUCUCUCCUCAAAGCCGGUCUUAGCAGGAAACACUCCGUACUUCUUCAUCAGCAUCAACAGCCUGAUCCAGCCUCAGGAGCCUUUUUGGUUCCCAGCGCUCUGGUGUGCAAUGCUGAUGAUCACAAUGGAAAUAAUUUCCUCUCAGCCCAUGAGGGAUGUCGCACUGUCGCGCGCGCGAAUGAUUGGUCAUGCCCGCAACUGAGGGCUGGAGGGCGAUACGCUUCAUGCCCGGGGGUGUGGG